GAGUGCAUAGGUGUGAGUGGGUGCCAGAAGGGGGUAAGGGGGAUAUGCACGUAUCGAUACAGGUUGCAGUCAUGGAGACCCAUGGUUGCCGUAUGCAUAUAGAUGACCUAGAAUAAGCUGGGGGACGGCACUAGCUAGCACACAGUGAUACUGCUGGCUGGUAGUGUCACUCUAUGUGAUUAUUAUUUUUUGUGUAAACACACCUGUAUGUAUUAUAAGGUUAGGACCAAGGUUCAGGGAUAAUGGUGACAGGAAGACUCAUUGUAAAGUCCUGUCAUUAUUAUUAUUAUUAUUAUGUUACAUGGUAUUAAUUAUGAUGCCUGGACCUGGAUCCCGUGUGGAACACUAGACCUGUGAAGAAGAAGCAUAUAGUGUCUGUUUUCUUCUUCAGAGAUUCCCGUAUCCUGUCGGUGAAGGACGGUCAGCGCCAUGAACUGGGACAGUCAGCUGGACUCUAUUCUGACUGCCACAGACGGCAACAUGACAAAAAUCAAGGAGAGACUGUACAGCCGAGGGGAGAUCUCCAAAGGAGAUUGUUGCUUUGAUAUAGCACAAGUAAGAAAAACUCUGUAUGAAGAUGGGCCCCCUAAACCUGCUCCUCCAUACACCCCAUCCAGCUAUGGCGUGAUCCCAGCGGUGUCUUCCGAAGAUAUGGUGAAUCUGAGCAGUCAGCUGCUCUCCCAGGCCAAGAUGAUUACCUCUCUGCACCAGGCCAUUGGGCGUCUGGAGCGCGAUCGGGACCUUCAGCUCCAGAGAAUACAAAGUCUGGAAGACGAGGUGCGGCGGACGGGAGCUGUGCGGGGAGAGGUGUCCGAGUCUCUGCUGGAGAGAAAGGUGGAAGGUCUUAGACAAGAGCUGUCCAGUGAACUGCGCCACCUGCAGGACAGAGUGAGGGACUCUCCGGCGAGAGCAUCAAGUCCAUCGUUGCGCUCCACUGCCAGUAUCUUACAGGAGGUGAAUGAGAAUAAAAGGCUGAUUUGGAAAGAGUACGAGAGCCUGCGGAGAGACACCGAUUACUUGCACCAUAGAUUACCAGGCCGGCAAGAGGACGAUUUGCUGCGACAACUCUCGGAGGGACAGGAGCUGAAACGGGCACAAGAUAAAAAUGCAAUGGCGCUGGAGCGGUUACUGAGCAGCGAUCAGAUCCACGCACAAGAGCUGGACAGGGUCACAUCAAACACACAGGGAGUGCAGCGUGAUGUAUUGCAGAUCAGAUCUGCAAUCAGUGACCUGAAGGAAGACGUGAGGAUUGUGGAGGGGAAAAUUUCUGGCCACAAAGUCAAGAGCGAUAGAUCUGAACCGAGGAGAUCUGCGAGAAGACAGAAGGUCAGCAAAUCACCGUCCUCUUCCUCCGCAGAUGACGCCGGCUCACAGAUCAGCUUAGGUGACAUCAGUUCUGCAGACACGUCAUACAGUCUUGGGGUCCCCGAUGUCUCCAAAGGAUCUAGAGAGAAGUCCAGCUCGAGCAAAGAGCGGAGGACCAGGAGCAGUCUGAGUGACCUAAACCUCAGCGAUGACUUGGAUGGACUUUCAGACAGCCCCCCAGAGCUUAAUUUCAGUGACCUGUGACCUAUGCCCCCCACUCUGGGUUUACUCAGGUGCAGCCACCUCCAGCUCCAACCACAAAUGACUAUUUUAUUUUUUUUAGAAUUCACAUUAUGACCAUUUCUGCUCCAGAAGAGACGGGGAAGAAAGUUUUAUUUACAAUUGGGUGUUCCCUUAUCAACCUUGAUUGAAAAUGCAGAAUGCUGAAGAAUAUGUACAAUCAUUUGAAUCUGGUACUGAAGGAUCAUAUGCAAUCUCUAAUUCGUCCCCCAACAAGGGGUGUAUUGCGGCCACGAGAAAUCCAUCUGUGCUGCUGUAUAACUGAAGGACGGCUGUGCAAUCAUUGAAUCACUAUCUGCUGCUAUGUAUUUUGUGCUUCUAGAUGUUAUAUAUUUUUUAUAAUGGGUAGACAUUUUUUUAGAUUUCAUAUGCAAUGGAACUUUUACAGCAAAAGGACAAUAAACCCUUUUCAGGACAUUACUGUU